CAAGUUUUUGAAUUUCCGGUUUAUGUAACCCAGCUUCCGUCACUCUUGUCUUCACGUGUUCGACGCACGACCUAAUAGAUUGAUCAUGGGCUACAUGUAUGUGUACCACGAGCUGAAGUCAAGAUGAUACAGAAACUUCUCCCAGAACUGACUCUGGUAGGAGUCUUGACAAUGACAGCGAGGCGCUCCGCCAAAUCCAGGUUACCUCCUGCUAUCAUAUAUCCGUCCCGCACAUUUCACAUCCUCAGUACAACAAAGACACGUGAUCAGGAACCUAAUGGCAAGGAAUUCGCAGAUGACAAAGGACAAACUGUGCCAAAUGUUAAACCUCAGACAGAGAACAAUGCUACACCAAAGCCUACCCAAAUUCUUGACUCCAACAGAUUUCAGCCUCCAUGGGAAAGUGCUUUGCUUUCUUCACAAGAGCUGCAAACAGAUGCAGUGAAACCCAAAGAAACUUUCAAACUGAGGUUAAGGAAAGAUUUUAACUUUAGUAAGGAGAUGUAUCUUAAAGCCCGUAACAUUCAGAGUGAUGAUGAGAAAGAGUAUAUAGUGCAAGAAUUAACAAAAGGAUUUGAACUUAUUGUCGACAAAAACCAUGAAAGUAAUGACAAACCUAACAAGGAUAAAGAAAUUAGCAACAAAUUAGACAAACUUCUCAAAAUGGGGUGUACCUUGGCUGAUAUCUUAGAAUACCCUUACGUUUUACAGUAUGUGAACAGUUCAAUAGAUGACCGCCACGAAAGGCUUCAAAAUGCCAACCUCCACGUCCAUCCUUUAGGUUUGACUUGGGCCUCAGGGAUUACUAAGCCAUGCUGUUUGCAGCACUAUGCAGCAAUGGGGAACCAUACCUCCUUGAUGUCGUACUUGGCAGAGAAAUUAGGGAUCAGUUUGUCUGACAUUGUGCCAGAGCAUUUUAAACCAUUAAAGCCAGUGGUUGAUAUGGCUGCCAUGGAUACAAAGCUUACAAUCCUCAGGAGAGCUGGCUGCACUGUAGAUUUACUGAAGGCUAAAAUUGACCAGGUGAAUAUGCUUAAGGUUGACCAAGUGCAGGAAUGGUUCAAAAAACACGAGGAAGAUUUUAAAACUGCUGGCAAUCUACCUGCAUUACUGACCGACUUGUUUCCAGUAGACUUCAUUGAGAACUACUUCAAAAUUCCCCAUGAAGAGAUUCAGCGGCACUGCCGUUAUUACAAUAAAUGUUUGCCUACCACUGCCAGACACAGGAUUGAUCUGCCAUUUGUCCAGGAUGCCCUUCCCGAGGCUGUUCUGGACCAGGGCAGGUCGUUACUGAAAGCAAGUUCUGAGAGGCUUGAGACAGCUUACCAUGGAUUGGUUAGGGAAAGGAUCUGGAAUAACAUCUCCAUGAAGGAGGUUUUGUAUCAGACACAUUACAAACAUUUACCAAUUAUUAAACGGAGUCUUUUUGUUUAUAUUAAGGAGAAUGAGGAAUUGUACAUACUGCCUGUAGCACCUGCUACUUGGCCUCAGUUUAAAGACAAGUCAUAUUUAAGGACUGAUCGCCCCUCAUGGGAAAUACGAGAGAACUUCAGUUAUCUGAAAUCGAAGGGUUUUAAUGUUCGUGACAUUGAAGCCUGUCUCUUUAUCUUGGAUAUUCAUCCCACCAUUUUGUCCAAGUAUGUGGAGGCAGCGCCCUCUAGGGCAGAGCUUCAACCUUACACAAAGUGGGAAAAAACGCCACAAAGAUUGCUCAAUGCCAUCCUUUACUUGAGCCAAGUGGACAAAAAUUUUAGCUGUUUACAAGUUAAAAAGAAAAGCAAGAAAUAAUUAAGUAGCAAUUGAAAUGUUUUUUAUUAUGUUUAAUAAAUGUUUAAAGAAUAUUUGGAAACGGAAAUUGCACCCAUAUUUCACUUCACAUUAGCUGAUUUUUUUUUUUUUUUUUAGUUUAUUUAUAAUAUGUAUUUUUUGUUACAUUUCAUGAACUUAAGUAUUGUACUUAGACCGAAAAACAAUACUGACAGUCAAAAGAUUAUAUUUAAGUGUUGAUCUUUUAUCAUGUGCUUGUAAUGUUUCAUAAUGUUAUAGUUGUGCUUCCCAGUCCAUUCCUUACAGUUCAUCUAUCAUAUCAUCUGAAG